UCCAGAGUCAUAAGAUAAGAAUUAUUUAAAGCCACGCCUUUCAUUUCACUCACUCUUCACUACCCACUCUCUCUGUUUUCUUGGAUUAUUUUCAAUUAUACAUUUUUCAGGUGAAGACUGGGAUGAAGAGUUUGUUCUAAUUGCAGCCUCCGUUGUUAGACUCUCGUAAGCAUGACAACUAUAGUUCCAUGUUCUACGAGCAAUAUAUCGCUUAUACCGGGAGCUGCCUUUACAGUGAAAAAGCAUAAUCAUCUUACAAGGAGCUGUUUUCCGAGGAAAUCAUCAAAUCGUUUAAUAUCCUCGCAGAGACAUGUAUUAGCUCUUCCGACGUCUGUUGGAUUCUUCCCGAAAUAUAGAAGGGAUUAUGGUUGGCUUCAUAGAGCUGGAUUGCGUGUUGUAUCAGCCACAGGGACUGAUACUGAUGUAGUAGUAAAGGAGCCGGAGUUACCUGUCGCUGAUGAGAAUUCUGGUGAAACCUCGGAUGGUCCGGCGGAUGCAGUUGAACCAAUUGAAAAGUCUUCCAUCAAGUCGGACACAAAUCGUGCUCCAGCUCAAGUAAAGCGUUCAAGACCUGGUAGGAAAAGUGAAAUGCCGCCAGUAAAGAACGAGGACCUGAUUCCUGGAGCAUCUUUUACCGGAAAAGUGAGAUCAGUCCAGCCGUUUGGUGCUUUUGUUGAUUUUGGAGCUUUCACAGAUGGUCUUGUACAUGUUUCCAAGUUAAGCAACAGCUUUGUUAAGGAUGUGGCAAGUGUUGUAUCUGUCGGCCAAGAGGUGACCGUGAGAUUAGUUGAAGCAAACAGUGAGACAGGGCGUAUUUCUCUGACUAUGCGUGACGAUGAUGAUCCCAAUAAGGUGCAGCAGCAGAAUGAUGAUCCCACCACUGCCAGCAGAGGCAAGCCAAGGCCUGCUAGAAGAAAUGCACCAAAAUCCGGUCAGAGAAGAGAUGAUAGUAAAACCUCCAAGUUUGUUAUCGGGCAGGAACUGGGGGGCACAGUCAAGAAUUUAACCAGAUCCGGUUCUUUCAUAACUCUUCCUGAGGGUGGCGAGGGAUUUCUGCCGCAAUCAGAAGAAUAUGAUGGUGGAAUUCAAUCCAUGAUGGGAGACGCUACACUGGAGAUCGGUCAGGAAGUUAGUGUCAAGGUAUUGCGUAUUUCAAGGGGACAGGUUACCUUGACCAUGAAGAAAGAAGAAAAGGAGUCGAAUGCGGCGGUUUUCCAAGGGGUUGUACAUUCUGCGACAAAUCCAUUUUUACUAGCUUUCCGUAAGAACAAGGAUAUUGCUUCAUUUUUGGAUGCGAGGGAGCAAAUGGGAAAGGUGGCAGUGGAAUCCAAGACCCCAGUGGAAGUAGAAGAGCAGGAAAAACAAAUUGAAACUAUCUCUGACGUACCAGAGGUUCAAGACCAGCCUUCAAGCAGUGAUGUGGGAUCAGUCAGUGAUGUUUCUACAGUGGUCGGAGAAGUUGAGGAGGAAGAUAUGUCAUCGAAAGAGGUGGAUGUCGAACCAAGCGUUGCUGGUGAUGAUCAGGGUCCAGAAAGCAUAGAGUCUAGCUCGUCACAAAUUGUCGAAGAUGCCGUUCAGAGUGAAGAACAGGCGGAGGAAAGUUCUGGAAUUUCAGAUCUUAAAGGGGCUGAAUCUGGUGAAAUAAGUAGUGAAAUUGUAUCUCCUACAAGUCCUGUUGGUGAAGAAGUUAUAGAGAGUCCGCUUGCUGAUGCCGUAACAAAUGACGGAGAAGUUCAGAGUGAAGAACUGGCGGAGGAAAGUUCUGGAAUUUCAGAUCUUAAAGGGGCUGAAUCUGGUGAAAUAAGUAGUGAAAUUGUAUCUCCUACAAGUCCUGUUGGUGAAGAAGCUAUAGCGAGUCCUUUUGCUGAUGCCGUAACAAAUGAUGGAGAACAAACACAGAUACCUGAAACUUCUUCUUUUGCGCCGACUGAAAAUGAAAACACGGAAGCAACAAUUCCUGAUGAAAAUGGCAGCAUUACUGGCUCAGAGGAGAAAGCAGAUGUUUCUCCUCCACAGGAAGCUAAAGAGGAGAGUGAUAAAACUUCUGAGACAUCUGGUAGCACAGACGUGGUCGCCACAUCGUCAGAAACUCAGGAUGACGGACAAGUAAUUGAAAACCUAGUUGAAAGCACCAAGGAUGAAGUAGAGACUCAGACCUCUGCUGCAGAAGCUGAAAUUCCUUCUGCCAAGGAUGAAGUAGAGACUCAGGCCUCUGCUGCAGAAGCUGAAAUUCCUUCUGCCAAGGAUGAAGUAGAGACUCAGGCCUCUGCUGCAGAAGCUGAAAUUCCUUCUGCCAUACAAGUUGAAAAGAAUGGAAAUGUGGAACCGGCCCUUGAGCAAAGCGACAGUAUCACAAACGUAAAUGGACAAAGUGAUAGUCCUUCCACAGAUGAGAGUGCGAAAGCUACCAUAUCACCAGCUCUGGUGAAGCAGCUUCGUGAAGAAUCCGGAGCAGGAAUGAUGGAUUGCAAAAAAGCCCUCUCAGAAGCUGGAGGGGACAUAGUUAAAGCUCAAGAAUUUCUCCGAAAGAAAGGAUUAGCUAGCGCAGAUAAGAAAGCCAGCAGAAAGACAGCUGAAGGAAGAAUCGGCUCUUACAUUCACGAUAGCAGGAUCGGUGUUCUGGUAGAGGUGAACUGUGAAACAGAUUUUGUCUCCCGGGGAGAAAUAUUCAAGGAGUUGGUCGACGAUAUAGCAAUGCAGGUGGCUGCUUGCCCGCAAGUACAGUAUCUUGUUACUGAAGACGUUCCUGAAGAGCUUGUGAACAAGGAAAAAGAAAUUGAGAUGCAGAAGGAAGAUCUUAUGUCAAAACCAGAGCAGAUUCGAUCAAAGAUUGUGGAGGGACGAAUCAAGAAGAGACUCGAUGAGCUGGCAUUGCUGGAACAACCAUUCAUUAAAAACGAUAAGAUUGUUGUAAAGGAUAUGGUGAAACAAACAAUUGCGACAAUUGGAGAAAAUAUUAAAGUGAAGAGGUUUGUUCGCUUCAAUCUUGGCGAGGGCUUGGAGAAAAGAAGUCAGGAUUUUGCCGCUGAGGUUGCUGCUCAAACUACAGCUAAGCCCGUUACAGCACCAGCAAAAGAGCAGCCAGCUUCAGCAGAAACAAAUGAACCUGCUGAGAAGCCAGCUGCAGUAGCAAUUUCUGCUGCACUUGUUAAACAACUGAGAGAAGAAUCAGGAGCUGGGAUGAUGGACUGCAAGAAAGCUUUGUCGGAAACUGGAGGAGAUCUUGAGAAGGCUCAGGAAUAUCUCAGAAAGAAAGGUCUCGCAGCCGCUGACAAAAAAUCUAGUCGGAUUGCAGCUGAAGGCCGAAUCGGGUCCUACAUUCACGAUUCCCGCAUUGGAGUACUGAUUGAAGUCAACUGCGAAACCGACUUUGUGGGCAGAAGUGAAAAGUUUAAGGAAUUGGUUAAUGAUUUAGCAAUGCAAGUCGUGGCUUGUCCGCAGGUGCAGUUUGUGUCCGUCGAUGAAAUCUCCGAGAGCUUUGUGAAAAAGGAAAAGGAGCUCGAGAUGCAGAGAGAAGACCUCGCGUCAAAACCCGAGAACAUACGAGAGAAGAUCGUGGAUGGAAGAAUCUCAAAGAGACUCGGAGAGCUUGCUCUUUUAGAGCAACCUUACAUCAAAGAUGACAGCAUUCUGGUGAAAGAUUUAGUGAAACAGAGUGUUGCUGCUAUUGGGGAGAACAUAAAAGUCCGAAGAUUCGUUCGAUUUACCCUCGGGGAGAACGUUGAAGAUGCAAAACCAAAAACUGAAGCAUAGUACACAGAAAAGAAACAUUUAAAUGUCAGUUGAACUAAUUUUGGACGACAGAAUGAGUUGAUAAUUUUGUUCAUUGUAAGUGAGCUUCCUUUUCUUUAUCUUCUACUUUUGUAGCUUUACCUCAUAAUUGUAAUUGCUCAAGUUCUUUUGGCUUC